AUGGAGACAGCAACAGCACAGCCACAAGGGGCUGUACUGGAAUACAAGGGUGUUUUAUCCGGAGGUCACCAAGGGUGGGUCACCUCCAUCUCAACUCCAUCAGAUCCAACUGUAAACACCAUCAUUUCGGCGUCCAGAGACAAAAAGGUUAUGAUUUGGCAGUUGUAUGAUGAGGAAAUUAAUGGCAAGUCUGGGAUUUCAAAGCUUGCACUGAAGGGGCACAACCAAACAGUACAGGAUGUAUUCAUGUCCAGCGAUGGUCUAUUUGCUUUAUCAGGAUCCUGGGACAAAACUCUCCGCCUUUGGGAUUUAGUAAGGGGAGAGACUGUAAGAUCAUUUACCGGUCAUAAGUCCGACGUAAAUAGCGUGGCGUUUAGCCCAGAUAAUCGCCAGAUAGUUUCGGGUAGUAGGGACAAAACCAUAAAGCUAUGGAAUACACUGGCAGAUUGUAGGCAAACAAUCGUAGAUCAGCAGCAUACUGAUUGGAUUUCUUGCGUCAGAUUUUCUCCAUCUGCCAACGAGCCAACCAUAGUUUCUGGAGGUUGGGAUAAAAAGGUUAAGGUAUGGGACCUUUCCACUUGCAAAUUGAAGAGAGAUUUGUUGGGGCAUCAAGGAGUGGUAUACUCUGUUACAGUGUCUCCAGAUGGGUCUCUCUGCGCCUCUGGCGGUAGGGAUGGCGUAGCUAUGUUGUGGGACGUAUUUAAGGGUAAACACCUCUACUCGCUAGAGUCUGGAUACACAAUAAACGCCUUGUGUUUCUCUCCAUGCAAUUAUUGGCUAUGUGCUGCAACAGAUAGAUCCAUUAAGGUGUGGGAUUUGGAAAACAAGAAUGUACUGGCGGAAUUGGUACCGGAGAGGCAACAGAAAAUUGGCCUCCCUUGGUGCGUCUCGCUCUCCUGGUCUGCCGAUGGACGGACCCUAUUUGCAGGGUCUACCAAUGGUAAUAUCUACGUCUACCAAGUGGGCUUGAACUAUAGUUACUUAACUACUUAA